UCUCGUUCCAAUUUGGUAAUUUCAUAAGAUUUCUUCCCCUGACUCACAAUAUCGUCUCCAUAAAAACGUUCCUUCUCUUUCCCUCCAUUAUCUCUCAUACAGUAUCUGUCUCUCUCUCUCUCUCCUGAAAAUGGAGCAAGGAACCAGCAGAGACGGAUCUGAACCCGCGACUGAACGCUUUCUUAGACAAGCUUUUCAGCAUCUAAGGCUCCGGGACUUCUCUUCUGCCCGCAAGUACGCCCUCCUGCUUCAAGAUUCUGACGCGACCCGACCAGAACCAGCUCAUAUUCUCUCCGUCGCCGAUGUUAUGCUUGCGGCGGAACGCCGCUUGCCGAAUGGCAGCCUUGACUGGUACUCCAUCCUCCAGCUCGAUCAGGUGCGACCCGAUUCUCAUACCCAGAUAGCCAUGCAAGCCCAGUUUGGGAAACUGUUGUCCCUCUUAAACCCCAAGGAGAAUCAGUUUCCAUUUUCUCAACUGGCCUUGAAUCAUGUUUGUGAUGCCUGGUCUGUGUUGUCUAAUCGUGCAAAGAAAGCCCAAUACGACUCUGAGAUCGAAAAUUACAUACAUAAGCCCCAAAAUAGUUCUCAACCUGGAAGAGAAUGUGAAUCAAGCUUUUGGACUGUGUGUCCCUACUGCUAUCAUAUGUAUGAAUACGAGAAAAAGUAUGAGGAGUGUUGCUUGAGGUGCGAGCAGUGUAGGAGGGCAUUUCAUGGCGUGGCGGUGCCUCCGCCACCAGAUAGUGUUUUGGAGGAGGGGAACGAGGGAUACUAUUGUGGGUUUGGGAUAUUCCCUUUGGCAUAUAAAAAUGGUGAUUUCUCUGAGAAGAUAGAAAAUAAUGUUGGCGGAGGAGAUGAUGGUUCCUUGGGGGACAAGAAAGAGGAUAGUUGUGGUGGACUUAAGCGCAGUUUGGAUAACUUGGUGGAGAUUUCUGAUGAUAGCGAUGACAAUGGUGGCAAUGAAGAGAAUGAGAAAGGAGACAUUUAUGUCAAUUUGACCGCCAAGGGAUUGGAAGAAGAGGCAGUGAAGGAAAUGGGUGAGAAAGUUGAGGAAAAUGUGGGACUUGGUGAAAUGGGAUGUAACGUAGAGGAGAGUGAGGAAUCAGUGUUGAGAAAUGAAGGGAAAAGGCCAAUGAAGAGGGUGAAGUCGGUGGCGAGGAAUUCGAAGAAAAUGAUGGGGAAAGGGAAAAAAAUGCAUAUGAAUGUGGGAUUUGGAGAAGCUGUUGAAGAAAACAACCAUUGAAUGAUAGCAUCAAGUAGAAGUAAGUUUUGAGGGUGGCCUGGCCUUAGAGUUUUUUUGGGAUGAUGAUUUUCUUUUUGGUUUCGAGAGUAUUUCUCUAUGGAGAGUUUGGGAUUAGAUUUUCUCUCUGUUUCCUCCCUUUCCUGUUUAAGUAUGACUGGUAGCAGCAGAGGAUUGGAGCAGUGGAACCCUUUUUGUCUAGGUAGUUCAAACAUUAGAUGGUAUAGCAAGGAGCAGCUAGAGGUUUUUUGUGUAAUUGGCUGCCUCAUAGUUGAAAAGGAAUGUCAAAUUUUUGGUACAGUUCUCGACAUUUUGCUUCGUCUCGUAAAUGAAAUACUUAUAGUUCUUGACUA